AUGAAGUUCAAGGUAGCAAAUGCAUCGGAAUACCUGGUAAUAACAGGUGCAGGGAUCAAAGACGUGAAGCUUGGGAAGAAAGCAUGGGUGUUGCCAUGGCAAUCAUGCACCACCUUGGACCUUUCUCCGGUAAACUACACGUUCGAGCUCCAAGCCAUGAGCGCCGAGAAGCUCCCUUUCGAGCUUCUUUCGGUGUUCACAAUUGGUCCACGUGUCGACGAUCAAGAGUGUCUCCUAAAGUAUGCCAAGCUCCUCUCGUCCCAUGAUAAGCUCUCCAACCACGUUAAUGAUCUCGUUCAAAGAAUCAUCGAGGGCGAGACGCGUGUUCUCGCAGGCUCUAUGACUAUGGACGAGAUCUUCAAGGGAACCAAGGAGUUCAAGCAAGGUGUGUUCGAGAAAGUUCAGCUAGAGCUGAAUCAGUUUGGGCUGCUGAUCUACAAUGCGAACUUGAAGCAGCUGGUGGACGUGCCGGGACCUGAAUACUUCUCUUACUUGGGCAAGAAGACUCAGAUGGAGGCCGCAAAUCAGGCCAAGGUGAACGUUGCUGAGGCCAAGAAGAAGGGAGAGGUUGGUGCCAAGCUUAGCGAAGGCGAGACGCUCCAGAAUGCGGCCAAGAUCGAUGCGGAGGCGAAGAUCAUUACCACUCAGAAGAAAGGCGACGGCGAUAAGGAGGAGAUCGACGCGAGGACAUCAGUGAAGGAGUUUGAGAUUUUGAAGGAAGCAAAGGUGGCAGAGGCAAAUGCAGAGCUGGUAAGGAAGAAGGCGGAGUGGUGGAAGUGGUGGAAGGUAGAGAACUUGACGGCGAUCGAGGCUAAAAAGGAAGUGUCUUUGAGGGAGGCACAGCUGCAGGGGGAGGUUGAGAAGAUGAAUGCUAAGGUGACAACUGAGAAACUUAGAGCUGAUUACCUUCCCAAGGCACAAGAGGUCAACUGGGAACUAUACAAGAAACAAAAAGAAGCAGAAGCAGUUCUUUUCCAAAAGGAGAAAGAAGCUUUAGCACAAAUGAAAUUAGCAACUGCGCAGCUAUACGCGAAGAAGAAGGAGGCAGAGGGGCUUAUGGAAUUAGGGAAAGCCCAAGGUGCAUAUCUAAAGACACUCCAUGAAGCACUUGGAGGAAACUAUGCAGCUCUAAGGGACUACUUGAUGAUAGAACGUGGAAUGUAUCAAGAGAUUGCUAAGAUUAAUGGCGACGCAGUACGCGGACUCAAGCCGGAAAUCAGCAAAUGGACGAAUGGCAAUGGCGAAGGCAGUGACAGCGGAGUGCUUUGA